AUGCCAAAACAAGCAAGUUUUGAUUCUGAAGAACUUUUAAAGAUCUUAUUAGAAAAGAAAGAUACAAUUAUUGAUGCUGAAACUAAACAAAUCCACAAACCAUCACAUAUUUGUUGGUUAGAAAUUUCUCGUGAGUUGAAAAAUGUUAUAAAGCCGAAGUAUAUUUAUACAAUAGUCCUUCAAAAUAGAUUUGGGAUUUUAUCGAAACUAGAUCCUAAUCUUUCACAAAGUUCCAUCAGCACCAAACAUAUUCAUAUCGAAUCUACAAAACUUGUUGAGCCAUUAGAUUCUGAUAGUGAAACAGAUGAACUUGUUACUUUAAAGUUUAAUAUUACCUUAUCAGUAGAAGAAUGGAAAAGAAUUUAUACUCCUAAUAUAAUAUAUAAUCGGUCUGAUAGAAUAAAUGCUACUAGAUCAUACGACGUCUUAACUCCAAAUGAAUGGACCAAUAUUAUUCAUAGUCAUUUUUUUGAACAAACAAGAAAGUCUUGUCCAAUAACUUUCAAGUAUGGCAAAAUUUUCCCUGCGGGUGACAAGUAUUUACAAAUAUUAGGUCAUUGUUCAAGUUGCAAUAGUAUUUUAAAAUGUUUAGUUGAGAAUUGUCCUAGCCCAGAGACGCGAGUCACUAUGCAUUGCAGUUACAGUGGUGCUUUUAAUAAGUGUAACAGUGGGAAAAAAAGGCGUAUAAUUGGUCAAAAAAGAGACGACUAUUUGAAUAAAAUAGUAAAACAAAAUAUGUCAGCUGCAUUUGUAAGAAGAACUGAAGCUAAUGUACUAAUGGAAUUCGGAGAAAGCGAACCAAGUCAUCUCCCAUCUUUGAAUGCACUUAGAGUAUUGAAAUAUAGAAAUAAUAAAAAAAAUCAGCUACAUAAUGAUCCAAUUAUGGCAUUAACCCUCAUGAAAAGCAUUACACCGUAUGACAAAAUUAUAAACGAUAUUGGAUAUGAUCGGUUUUUUGUACACUAUUGGACUGUGACUGAACUUAACAUGUAUAGAUUGUACACAAAAACAAAUAGUACACCUAGAAUUACAAUUGAUGCUACUGGUGGAAUAGUCUCAAAGAUUAAAUUAAUUUCUGGCCGGGAAACUGCAUAUAUAUUUCUGUAUCAAAUUGGUGUAAUGGAUUAUAAAACUCAGUCUCAAUUCACAGUUGCCCAUAUGUUGUCAGAAAGACAUGAUAAUAACUCCAUUAGUCAUUGGCUUACCGAAUGGACAAGAAAUAAAAUUAUUUUUCCGAAAAUUGUAGUGACAGAUCAGUCUAAAGCGUUAAUGAUGGCUGUAAUCAAAUCCUUUACUCAAUAUUCAAGUUUAUCAAAAUAUUUGUCCAUAUGUUCAUCACUUUUAUUAAAAGAAAGUGAAGUCGAAAUACCUCAUUGUAUGCUUAGGAAUGAUUUUAAUCAUACUAUGAAGCUUUUAAGUUCUUGGCCAGAAAUUAAAAAUUCUUCAUACAGAAUCAAAAACUUUUAUCUACGAUCCAUAGGUUUAGUUAUUGCAAGUACAGAUUUCAAUGACAUCAAAUAUUUAUUAGAGUGUAUUUUUACUGUCGCACUAAAUGAAGAAGAUGGAUAUGUUUCCAACAAUAUUCCAAAUGCAUGUGAAAUCGCAAAAAAUUAUUUGAAACAAAGGAUAUCGAGUCAUUUGGUAAUCAAUCAAGAAACCGUAUAUUCUAGUGACGAAAAUAUUAUUGAGGGCCAAGAUACUGAGUUAGAUAGUGCUCACUUACUUAAUGAACUAGGUGACGAUAAUAGUAUUUUUAAAAUUAUUCAAAAUAUUUAUAAUAAUUGUUUAGAAGAAUCACAUUCUCAAAAAAUUCAAGGCAAUCAUGAUAAUAUGCAAUAUUGUCCAAUGAUUGCUAAGAAACUAUUACAAUUUUCUAAACUUAUUCCGUGUUGGUCUGCGGUUAUGGUUACUAUUUUUAAAUAUGGAGAAAUAACAGAAACAAGUGCUUCGUCUGAGAGCUUGUUUAAUGAUUUAAAAAAUCGUACUUUUAAACAUAAAACUUUACCACUACGUGUAGACGAUUUCAUUCAAAUACACAUCGAUGAUAUUUUAGGCUCCAUGAAAAUUGUAGGCGCAAAACAAUACACGGACAUUGAGAAUUGCAUUAGAACCGAAAAUAAAGGGGAUGAAAUAAAUAAAGAUAGAUCAUUUGAUCCAAUUCAAAAUUUAUCUGUAAAUCGUGAACAAAUUGAAAAAUCAGUAUCGUUAAGUGAAAAAGGUCAAUAUAAUGAAAUAAGUACAUCGCCAACCAAAUAUAGUUCAUUAACUGAUACGGAAUAUUUUCAUGAAAAAGAGACGAAUAAUAUAAAAAGCAUAUCACCAGCUACAAGUAUUGAUUUGUUAUUAAGUGAAGAAGAAACCGCAAGUAUUGAUGAAGAACAGGAUAAAAAUAAAAGUAUAACAACAGCUACAUUGUCACAAUGUGACGAAUUUGACAAAUCAAGCGAGGACGAAAAUAUAGCAAUAGAAAAUUGGAAAGGACAAGGACAUCAGCACAAAAAAAAAAAAGGAAAUUAUUUAGACGUGGACAGGAAUAUUUUAUUUUACAACGAUAAUAGCAAAACUAAGUCACCCGUAAUUGGUAUACUUAAGAAUGGUAAUUGUCCUGAGCUACAAAGUAUAAAAAUUAAUAAUAAACAAUAUACGCUUACUAAUACUUGCGCAUUUGAUAGUUUGGUACAGAUUUUAUUCACGUCAUAUACCGACAGCUUAGAUUAUUUCGAAUUUAUUGAAGCGAAUAUCGAUUUCAAGCUUUUUGAGCUUAUUUCUCGUGGUAUAAGGGACGGAAUCAAUGUACAAAGUUACAGAAAACGAGCGAUGAUUUUAAUUGAGAUCUACAAACCAUCUUUAGAAUAUCCAAAAGGGCAUUUUCAUUUAGACUGUUCGUGUACAGAACAUUUUAUAGUUGAAAAUCUUUUUAAGAACUAUGAUUCAUAUCAUGAAAAUAAAACAUGUUUCAACUGCAAGGAAGAAAAGACAAGAAAAUGUAGGAAGAUUGUUGUUAAUUUACCUACAGCGGACUUGACUUUUUUUCUCGACGUUUUGAAUGAUAUGUACUCAGAUGAUUACAAAAAAUGUGACAGUUGUGAUAAAUAUACAAUAAAAUGUAAUUAUACAUUUGGAAAACAAAUAUUCAUCGAACUUUUUGCCCCAUCUUCCAAUCGACAACUGCAGUUUAAUAAGAACUUCGAUGUUUCUCUGACCCUUCCGAAAUCCCACAAAGAUUAUAUUUAA